ACUGUGCCACCCUGUACUAUUUAAUUCACUCUCUAGUUUUCACUCUCUUUGCAUGUUUUUAUAUAUAAAUACAUGUCCAUUGCUUACAAGAAAGUGCAUUCAAACUAAUUUUUUCUGUCUACACAAAAACAGUUAGAACUUGAAGGUGUGUUUUGUCAUGUCAACAUUUGCAAAAAUGGCCAUGACUAGUUCUUUAACACCUACUAGUACUACUACUACACUUUCCAUUUUUUUCAGCCUUUUCUUGAUUUUAGGAGUGGCUAUUUCACAAACUGAGGCUCGUGCAUUUUUUGUGUUUGGAGAUUCACUAGUUGACAGUGGGAAUAAUAACUAUUUGGCUACUACUGCAAGGGCAGAUUCACCUCCAUAUGGUAUUGAUUAUCCAACUCGCAGAGCAACUGGUCGUUUCUCCAAUGGCCUCAAUAUUCCUGACAUUAUCAGUCAGCAAAUUGGUUCUUCAGAAUCACCAUUGCCAUAUUUGAGUCCAGAGCUUAAUGGACAAAGGCUUCUAGUUGGUGCCAAUUUUGCAUCAGCUGGAAUUGGAAUUCUAAAUGACACUGGCAUCCAAUUUAUAAAUAUUGUUCGAAUUCCACAGCAAUUGGAAUACUUUAGACAAUACCAGAGCAGAGUGAGUGCACUAAUUGGAGAAGAAAGUACCAAACAACUUAUAAAUCAAGCUCUUGUUCUUAUGACUCUAGGAGGCAAUGACUUUGUUAACAACUAUUAUCUCGUGCCCAAUUCUGCGCGAUCGCGACAAUAUGCUCUGCCAGAUUAUGUCCCUUUUCUGAUAUCAGAAUACCGUAAAAUUUUGAUGAGGGUUUAUAAUCUGGGAGCUCGACGAGUGCUUGUUACUGGUACCGGACCCUUAGGUUGCGUCCCAGCAGAACUUGCCCAACGUAGCAGAAACGGCGAAUGUGCAGUCGAAUUGCAACAAGCUGCAGCUCUGUUCAAUCCACAACUUACACAAAUGUUGCAGGACCUUAACAGUGAAUUAGGCAGCAACAUUUUCAUUGCUGCAAAUACACAACAAAUGCACAUUGAUUUCAUUACUAAUCCACAAGCAUAUGGAUUUAUAACAUCAAAAGUAGCAUGUUGUGGACAAGGGCCAUACAAUGGUCUUGGCCUAUGCACACCACUAUCUAACUUGUGCCCGAAUAGAGAUUUAUACGCGUUUUGGGAUCCGUUCCACCCAUCCGAACGAGCAAAUAAGAUAAUUGUGCAGCAAAUCAUGACUGGUUCAUCAGAAUACAUGAAUCCAAUGAAUCUCAGUACAAUUCUGGCCAUGGAUUCUAUGGCGUAAUAUGUUUUCGGAAUCUGUUCAUUACCUUUUAUCGUUUAUUGCAAAAAUUUUGGCUACAAUAAGUUGUAUCCAGCACUUCAUGUGCUAUUUUUAAGUUUCAAAAGUUUGGGAGUGUACCAUGUUCAUUCACAAAAUUGAGUAAUCUAAUUUGUAGGUGGAGUGUAAUGUUUGUUGAAAUGUAAACCAAUUGUGCGUUUUUAUAUGAAGUGAAACAGUUUUCAUGGCAUGUAA